AUGCCUCCCAAAGCUGCCGAGAAGAAGCCCAGCACUGGUGGCAAGGCCCCAGCUGGAAAGGCUCCUGCUGAGAAGAAGGAGGCUGGCAAGAAGACUGCCACCGCUGCCACUGGCGAGAAGAAGAAGCGUGGCAAGACCCGCAAGGAGACCUACUCUUCCUACAUCUACAAGGUCCUGAAGCAGGUCCACCCUGACACUGGUAUCUCUACUCGUGCCAUGUCCAUCCUCAACUCUUUCGUCAACGAUAUCUUCGAGCGCGUUGCCACCGAGGCCUCCAAGCUUGCUUCAUACAACAAGAAAUCUACCAUUUCUUCCCGAGAGAUCCAGACUUCAGUCCGUCUGAUCCUUCCUGGUGAAUUGGCCAAACACGCCGUUUCGGAAGGUACCAAGGCUGUCACCAAGUACUCUUCCUCCGCCAAAUAA